AUGGAUGGAUGGAAGGAUAAGGUUAUCCACCAAAACCAAGUGGAAAAGCAGCCACAUCGGACUCCAAGAUAUGGAGAUCACAAAUACCCUUCAUCUCCAUUUCUCACCUCUCAACCUUCCUUUAACUCACCCAUCAUUCUUUUUUCAUCGAUCGACACACAGAAGCAAAAAAAAGAAGAAGCAUCAAUGGCCUCCACAUCUGCAGUUUCCAUGGCUAUGCCAUUGACCCACAAGACCGCUCUCCCACUAUCGAACUCCUUCUUUAACCCAUUGACACUCAAGGUUUCUUCGUCUAAGAUAGUGGCUGCACCAUCCAAACGAUUGGUGGUUCAGAGCUCUUUGAAGGAGAAGGCAGUGACGGCUUUGACCGCCGCAGCUCUAACGGCGUCGAUGGUGGUUCCUGAUGUAGCAGAGGCGGCGUCUAGUGUUACUCCGUCGCUGAAUAACUUCUUGCUCAGCAUUGGGGCUGGUGGUGCCGUGCUUGUUGCCAUUUUGGGAGCUGUGAUUGGUGUUUCCAAUUUUGAUCCUGUGAAGCGUGGCUGA